GACUUGCCAGCAUUUAUCACAAGACAUCUAGUUUCACCUAUCGUUUAUGAACACGAAGCACACAGCAUUAUCUCCAAAUUUCCAGUCGCUUUGGCUUCAAAUCAGUUUACCCAUUGAGAAUAAGUUUCACCGGCUAAGCAAAUCAAUAAUUGAUUGCUCAUUCAUUUGAAUCAAAGUUUGAUUAGAAAUAAGAUCGUGAAGAAAAGGGGCAGAACAAUGAUUUCAGUGCAUUCUCACUGCUUCUCUACCGCUUUAAUAUCCCCUCAUGGCGGUCAUAUAAGGGUUCGUAUAUGAUUCACCACUGUCAAAUGGAGUUUGAAAGAAGAAGUGCUUGACCAUUGGAAGCUGCAUUCGGCCAAAAGUUGCGAAUGUGUAUAGAAAGCACCAGUUUCAUGGUUUGAAUAGGGACAGUUCACACAUUGGGAGAAAGUGGCCUUGUCAAAAGAAAAAGGUUACCAGUAGCGUUUCUAAUCAAGAGAAUGUAUCUUCAAACCUUGAACGUCAUAGAAAGGACAAGGUUCUUGUUAAGAUGUGCGGUAUUGCAUCAGCGAAAGAUGCCGCUUUGGCAGCAGAAUCUGGUGCUGAUUUCAUUGGGAUGAUUAUUUGGCCAAACUCAAAGCGUUCUGUUUCAUUCUCAGUUGCCAAGGAGAUAUCCAGAAUUGCAAGACAAAAUGGUGCACAGCCUGUCGGAGUGUUUGUCGAUGACGAUGUUGAAAAAAUAUCUCGAGCUGCUCAUACAUGUGACCUUGAAUUUGUGCAGCUUCAUGGAGAUGAAUCACAGGAAGCAAUGCCCCUUCUAGUUAAAGAUCAUAGAAUUAUUUAUGUUCUGAAUGCAAAUGAAGAUGGAAGCCUUCUAAAUGAGAUCUCUUUUGAGGACUGUUCUUUAGUAGAUUGGGUUCUUGUUGACAGUGCCAAAGGUGGCAGUGGGAAGGGAUUCAAUUGGGCCCAGUUUGAGGUACCAAUAAUUAGAAGUAAACAAGGUUGGCUCUUGGCUGGAGGGAUCAAUCCAGCGAAUGUGUCUCAAGCCCUAUCCCUUCUGAACCCUCGAGGCGUUGAUGUUAGCAGUGGAAUUUGUGGCUCAGAUGGGAUUCAGAAGGAUCUUACUCGAAUCAACUCAUUUCUUAAGGCUGUUCAUUCAGUGAAGUAUUGAUCAACAAAGUUGGGUAUCCGAUUUUCUUAAUAAUCAUUUUGUUAAUUUUCUGCUUCUGCUUCUGCUUUGAGUUUAGUUCAUGAAAUUGUGGGAUUUACUGAAUGUUUUGGAACAAUUCAAAAACAAAUGACUCAUCCCAUGUAAUGUAACACCAUUGUGAUUGGUGUUACAGCAUCCAUAUAUUUUCACUAAUAGUUAUUGAACAGAAUUCAAGCAAAACUAA